UUAUUUCAAGUAGUUUUUUAGUUUCAUUUUCCCUUUUUGCUAAUUUACUUCUUGACUAUGAACUUUAUGUUAGUGUUAGGCUCCGCAUGCUUCUAGAGAUGGGGGAUAUCUGCCUGAAAUUCUGUCCUCUCAUGUCCUUCUGUUCUUGCUUUCCCAGCUCAAUCUAGGGGUUAGUUUAGGUUCCUAAAAUACUGUGAUCUCAGGAGGGCUUCUGUUCACUGCCCUCCUGGUCUGACUUCCAGAGUCCCUGACCUGGGUUUGGUUCUAUCAGCUUGUUUUUGGCUGGGAGUUUCAUCAGACUGCUGCUUGACUCAGUUACUGUUGGUCAACUGGGAUGUCCUAUUGGUUCAGAGUGAUUGAACUGCACGUUCCUCCGUCAUACAGAAUACUGUGUUCUGGUCCAUGGAUCACAGCCUCACAGUUACCAUUUCUUUCCUGGUACUUGUUCUCUGCUCAGUUUGGGCCAAUGUUCCAAACCAUUCCUCUCCACCCUGGAUUAAUCACUUGGUCCUGAGUGGUAGGCAACAAAGCUGUCAGAUUGCAUCGGUUCCUGCACCCAGCGCCUGCUCAGGGAAACCCCGAGUUCUCUUUCUAGUGCUCUGUCUCAGCCCUCUCAGUCUCUGGGCACCAGGAAUGCUCUUCACCACAGAUGCUUUAUGAUCUUGCCAGCUUGUCCUGUCUGCAGACCUGUCUGAUCAACUGUGACUUCUUGGCUUUUCCAAUCAGAAUUCCAUCUGUUGAAUUCUGCAGUAUGGGGGUAGAGCUAGAUUCCAGUGCUUCCUUUCUCUUUGCCAUUUAGAUUCUUCCCUGGGAGCUGAUUUAUUUGACUGGAAGCAUCUCCGUAUAGCAAUGUAUGGGAAGCUGUAUCUUCGCUGAAUAUAAUUUCCAUGCUAUCAUGUAGACUUCCACUUGUUAAAUGUGAUAUGUUAAUUUGUUAAAUUAAUAUGUAAUUUGUUAAAUGUAAAAUAAAACAAGUGUUUUAUUUAAUUUCUAUCUUGAACGAAUCAGCCCUGGCCCAUAAUAGACAAGCAAGAGUCUACUUUAUAAUAGCUAGGUGACAAACACUAUGUUGUGUUUUUUCAAUGUGAACGAGGUGAUCAGUCACUCAUACCUUUAAGAUAUGUCCCGUACUAAAAUUUUGGUCCCUUUAAAACAGAAAAAAUACCAUAAUUUUUUUUCAUUGAUCUUUACAAGGGUACACAUUCCACAGCUAGCCAUUCAAAGUGGGUGAGAUAUGAUUAUUCUUUGGUCUUCUAAGAUGCACAUCUUUGGUUUCCCAGGUCCGUGUUUCAUGUUUUUGUAGUUUCAUUCAAUAUAUGGUGCCAAAUCCAUAGUAUUUACCAAAUAAGCACUUAACUUGUUGACUGAGGUAGUUCUUAAGAGGUAAGUACUUCAUUGAGGUAGUUCUUACUGCUGAUGGCAUAUUGAAUAUCAAGUAUAUCUGUUAAGCAAAAAGAGUAUUCUAUUGAAUAGUAUCUUUCUAAAUCACUGGACUACAAACGGUAUCAAGCCAUUUGGUAGUCUAAGAAAGUACAAGUGGAGAUCCAAAGUUUUAUCAUGAUCGAGUAUUAGAGCUUAUAUGCUUUAAGUUUCAAAGCAGUGCAUUAUGGCCUUAGCUACCUUCCCAGUCACUAAAUCUUCAACAGCCAAUGUUAGAAAAGCUAAUGAAAGUACACGUUCAAGUUUGAUACCCUUGUGGGGCAACAGCCUCGGGUAAGAAAAAGUUGAGAUUCCAGAACUUUGGGUCCUGCGUAAUAGAAGAGAACCUGGAGUCAAAUGCCGCCUGAUACACUUCCUACACAGGUGGCUACACUUCCUGGAUAAACCUAUUUAAACUUUUUCAGCCGGUUCCCUCAUAUGCAAAAUAGGGACGUUAAAGGUUGUGGAGAGCAGGCACACAGGCCAGGUCCAGCGAAGGAUGGCGGCGGCGGCCGAACGGUACUGUGUGGCGGAGGAGCGGAGUGGACACUGCGCUGUAGUGGACGGGAACUUCCUCUACGUCUGGGGAGGAUAUGUGUCUAUUGAAGACAAUGAAGUGUAUUUGCCUAAUGAUGAAAUUUGGAUCUAUGAAAUUGACAAUGGUUUGUGGACAAUGCACCUCAUGGAAGGAGAACUCCCUACAUCCAUGUCAGGAAGUUGUGGUGCUUGCAUUAAUGGAAAACUGUACAUUUUUGGAGGAUAUGAUGACAAAGGAUACAGCAAUCGACUGUAUUUUGUUAAUUUACGAACAAAAGAUGGAACAUUCCAGUGGGAAAAAAUCAUCGACUUUAAAGGACAGCCUCCUACACCACGAGACAAACUUUCUUGCUGGGUAUAUAAAGACAGGUUAAUAUAUUUUGGUGGUUAUGGAUGUAGGAAACACAAUGAACUCCAAGACUGUUUUGAUGUUCAUGAUGCAUCUUGGGAAGGACAGAUAUUCUGGGGUUGGCAUAAUGAUGUCCAUGUUUUUGAUACAAACACACAGACUUGGUUUCAGCCAGAAAUUAAAAAUGGAAUUCCACCACAGCCUCGAGCAGCUCACACAUGUGCAGUACUUGGAAAUAAGGGCUAUAUUUUUGGAGGACGAGUAUUGCAAACUAGGAUGAAUGAUUUGCACUGUCUGAACUUAGAUACUUGGACUUGGUCUGGAAGAAUUCGUACUAAUGGAGAAAAACCAAAACAUCGGUCUUGGCAUACUUUGACGCCAAUUGCUGACGAUCAGCUUUUUCUGUUUGGUGGAUUAAGUGCAGAGAAUAUUCCUCUAAGUGAUGGGUGGAUUCACAAUGUUAUAACAAAUGGUUGGAGACAGCUUACACAUUUACCUAAGACAAGACCCAGGUUAUGGCAUACUGCCUGUCUGGGAAAAGAAAAUGAAGUAAUGGUAUUUGGUGGGAGCAAAGAUGAUUUACUUUUUAUGGAUACAGGUCACUGUAAUGAUUUAUUGAUCUUUCAAACUCAACCUUAUUCACUUCUCAGGUUGUGUCUCGACUGCAUUGGUAAAAAUGCUGUCAUCUUAGAAAGUCAGAUAACUUUGUUACCUCCAAAGCUUCUUCAGCAAGUUCUCCAAAAAAUAACAUUUUGGACUGCCGUUAAUCAUCGACAAGAACAAAGAGCCAAAACUGAAGAAACAGACAAGAAACUUAAAAUAAGUUUUUGAUAUUAUGCCAGCCAUUAUCAGAGAUUUCUUUAGUACGAUGUUUGUUUAAUAAAUGUGUUUGGAAAAUCUGUAAUUUCUUUGUUAUCAAUUAUAAAUGAAAUAAAAUGAUUUGCUUUG